GUCUAUGCUUUUUAAUACAUUUUUUUCUCACUUUAAAUUUAGAAUUUAAGCACCUUUAAAAAGAGCAUUUUAAACAUUUUAAAAAUCAAGUUUAGAUAUUUCUCUAGGUUCUGUCUGAAAGACUUCCCCUUACUCUUGGACGCCUGGCAGAUCCCUUUCCUGAUCCUUAAGCCUGACCAAGUCCUGCUUCCUGCUGAAGCCUCCCAGGCUCCCCCAGGCUCAUGGACUUCAUGCUGCCAGUGUACCACUCUCUGCCUUGCUGUGUUACAUCCUGAAUUCAUAAUUUGCAUUUCUCAUGCUAGACAGCAAGCCUGUUGACAAAGAAAGUAGGUCCUUACUAAAUGUAUGAAUGAACCUCAAAUCAUUUCACAUGUAACAAAAGGAGAUAAGAGAGACCUAAUAUUUCAAGCAAAGGACCUGGUGGGCUACAGUCCAUGGGGUCAUAAAAGAGUUGGACAUGACUUAGCAACUACACAACAACAGCAAUAUUUCAAGCAAUGCAGAUGCCAGGCAGUGACCAUAUCAGAAAAACUGUAAGUUUCUCCCUAUCCCCUGAAAAAAGAUUUUAAAUUAUGAGUUGAUAGCACACAGCAACAGUAGAGGAAAGUUGUUUUUGUAAAAACAACUUUUAUAAGGGAAAUCUUCAUUCAGAAAAAUCUAGAGAAGAGAAGAAAUAUAAAGAGGCUUUCAUUUGUCCCUAAAUGUUAUAUUGGCAUCAUUGGUGACAUCGUUGAAUUAGUGUGGUUAGUUUUUGUAAAAACAAUUGAGUAUCCACUGCAUUUCAAGUACUAUGCUAUUGUUUCUCAAUGUUUCAUCUUACUCAACCCUCACAGCAAUCCUGUUCUGUAUGUCCUUGUAUUUUCCCAAUUUUCAGAUAAGGAAAUUAAGGCUAAGAGAAGCAGUACAUCCAAAGUCACAGGUAAUGAGUGGCAGACUAAAAUUUGAACCAGAUGUUCUGACUCAAUUGGAGUUUUCUACCCACCAUUCUAUUCAAAUUUUAAUUCUUACUCACCUAGACGAUUAUCUGAGCACUGGAGAUAUUUUUUACAUUAUGUCAAGAUGUCUUAAGUUGGUAAGACCUACAAAGGUAUGAUAUAUUUCCUGAGCCCUGCAUCUCCCGCUAUCUGCACCAUGGAUUUAUGGUUGAUUUUGCCUGUCCAAUCCUGUGUUCUCAGCAUUAACACCUGGACUAGUAGGACCACUGAGAGGACCAUGUCAAGACAUCAGUGUGUCUGUAACUUUCACUGAGCAUUCUCUGGCUAGGUUGUUGCUUUUACUGGGGGGAAAUUUGUUUAGAGGGCCACAAACGAGUCAGGGUUUUCAUUAUGUUUAGACACCAACACUAAUUCAGAGAUGUCACCAACAAUGCUAAAAUAACACUAAGCGACAAGUGGAAACCUUUUUUUUUCCUUCUCUUAUCCAGAUUUUUCUGAACUAAGACUUCUAAACUAAAUCCUUUAUUCUUUACUUCCAAGGAAAAGCACCAAGCCUGUCAUUGAGGUAAAUGAAUACAUAUGGGCGCUGAUGGAGUGAGAUUAAGAAAAAGGAAAGAGAGAAAUGAGAACAGGUGUUGGAGAGACAAACUAAGAAAAGGCUUAUAUUUGCCCUGCUGUGCACUUGCCUACACCUGGGCCCUGGGUUCCUCUGGCAGGUUUUAUCUCUGUGCACUUCUGUUUAUAAAGAAUUAUUCUCCUGGACUAAGAUUGUCUUCCAUUGUCACUUGUUGUUUGCUGGAUUCCUUUGGUUACACAGAUGUUGUACUAGAAAUAGGAAAAUAUAUGUGCUGCCUCUUGAUAUAAAAUUGUUUUUGUAAACAGUCCUUUAACUUGCCCAUAAAAUAACUGAGACAUAAAUCUUAGAGGAAUAAAACUUUGAAGAAGGCACAGAACAUUAGCACUUAAUCAAAGCCUCUCUUCCUUCUCCAGUAUCAACUCCUAAUUGGGGAUGGCCUGUACCUCUUUGUAAGGUUCUCUCUGCGUUACACCAGGUAGUUAAAAUCAUGGGAUGCUGCUUUAGCAGUUAGACUGGGUAGAUAUGGUGAGUAAUCACAAGAUAUAGUUUAAAACUCAAUGGUAGAACAGAAAAAUCAGAUUUAUAUGUAAAAGUUUCAAGCUUGAUUUCCAUUACUUUGCUUUCAACUUUUCUAUUUUUAAUUUAUGCAAACUAGAAACACCAAUUUGGGUAAAACUGUAUCAGAUUUUUCCUUUUCAAACGUUACCUUUCUGUACAAAUAUCUCUUUAGAGUAAAAUUUGGAUUAUAUAAAAUGGAAAAAAAAAUGGCAGAGGUGGGUGGGGACUUUAUAUUGACAUGGUUCCAGUUGCUGCAGAAGACUAUAUGAGCUUUGGGUACCACAUCUAUUACAAUAGCUGAAACUCCAUCCCCUCUACCCCCACCCCCAUCCUGAUCCCAGCCUCCUUUGUUGGGUUCUAUAUGUACAGAGCAGCAUCAAGAUUAUAUAUUUAACCUAUAGCACUUUCCCACAAAUGUGGAUAAAGAUAGUUAAUGCAAGUGUCUAAAAUUCUGUCCAGUAAUUCAGCAGAAUAAAUUCUUGUUUUGGAGCAAAGAAUACAUGCAAUGAUUUUUGGAGCAUUGACUAGCCUGGAAACUGGUUUGAUCAUCUCUUCCAGCGAUUGGCUUUGAGCAAUCUGAAAAUCUGUACAGUCCUUUAAGCCUGAUGGUUUACUUGAGUGUGGUGAGUGAGAAGUGAUGUUGGGAGUUUGAGUAGCAAUUGUAGAGACACAUUCUUUAAAAUAAUUAGAAGUAAAUGCAGAAACUUUGAGAUGGUAGAGGUUUUAAAUGGAUCGGUAUCUUUUUUGAAUGUGAUUGUCAUACUUUGGUUGAAGAGAUAAAUGAUUAUUAAAUGAAUUAACUCUUCCCUUAAAGUGUGCCAGUAAAAUCAAGGUAGAUGAAUGAGCACUUUUUUUUUUACCAAGAGAAAUAGAUUUCUUAGGCAAGUUAUGGUGAGUGGUCUGAAAAUUCUGGCUUUUUAAUGCCAAAAAAUAAGUUCCAGACUAUUAGAGGUAAUUUUUAGCCAAGGUUUUUGCAUGAGUAGUUCUUGGAAGUGCUGCGUGUAAUCUGGCCAAGCUAGUGUAAUGGCCAGUUCUUGGAAUAAAUAACAACGUGUCAUCUCAUAAGAGUCCUGCUGCAACAGAUAAUUCAUACUGGUGAUUUGACAACUAACCUCAUUACUUUUCAGUCUUGUAGAAAUUUGCCUGAUGCACCCUCUCGAUGUGGUGAAAACCAGGUUCCAGAUUCAGAGAUGUGCAACCGAUCCAAACAGUUAUAAAAGCUUAGGAGACAGCUUUCGAAUGAUUUUCCGCACGGAAGGGUUGUUCGGUUUUUACAAGGGGAUUCUACCACCCAUCUUGGCUGAAACACCAAAAAGAGCAGUAAAGUUUUUCACCUUUGAGCAGUACAAGAAAUUGCUUGGAUAUGUGUCACUGUCACCAGCAUUGACAUUUGCUGUUGCUGGACUGGGGUCUGGACUAACAGAAGCCAUCGUGGUCAACCCUUUUGAGGUAGUAAAAGUUGGCUUGCAAGCCAAUCGGAACAGAUUUACAGAGCAACCAUCCACCAUGAGUUAUGCAAGACACAUCAUUAAGAAGGAAGGUUUGGGACUCGGAGGCCUCAACAAAGGAUUUACAGCAACUUUGGGACGUCAUGGAGUUUUCAAUAUGGUUUAUUUUGGCUUCUACUUCAAUGUCAAAAACAUUAUUCCUGUCAAUAAGGAUCCAACCUUGGAGUUUUUGAGAAAAUUUGGGAUUGGUCUUCUCUCAGGCACAAUAGCCUCAGUCAUUAACAUCCCUUUUGAUGUUGCCAAAAGUAGGAUUCAAGGGCCUCAGCCAGUUCCUGGAGAGAUCAAGUACAAAACCUGUUUUAAAACAAUGGCCACGGUCUAUCAGGAAGAAGGCAUUUUAGCUUUGUAUAAAGGCCUGCUUCCCAAGAUUAUGAGGCUCGGACCAGGUGGUGCAGUGAUGCUGCUGGUUUAUGAAUACACCUAUUCAUGGCUUCAGGAGAACUGGUGAUUGCCUACGGUGUAUUUUCCCCCCUUGUGAAAAUGGAUUUCAUUACACAGCACCAUCAGGAGGCGAGAAUAUCUAUCAGUUAAGCUCAAUACAAUGAUAAAUUAUAAUUAUACACUUAGAUACAAUUAUAAAGGGUAAAACAGUGUGUUCAAGAACAAAACCUAUUUUGAUACUUCAAAAAUUAUCUCUAGACAAUUUGAAACUGUCGUUUUAAUCAUAUCCUUAAAACUAUGAGAAAAUUAAUACUGUGAAGCAAUGAAAUAUAUAAGCUGAAUAUAGAAAAGUAGCAUGGAAAUUAGAUAUAUUCCAUAAAAACAAUACAAAUUUUAUGACCUAUGUUCCUCUUACAGGGCUUUGCAAUAAAAAUGCAUUGUAUUGAUGAUUAUUCUUUCCUAAAAGGUAAAUAAGUGCUUAUAAGUGAAAAAAUAUGCCAAAAUUUAAAGUUUUUAUAAGGAAUUAAAUUCUUCCAUAAAUAGUAUUUCAUCAUAUACAUGGAAAUGUUUCUGAAGGGUACUAAAAUGGCCUUUUUAAAAUUUCAUGUUAAAAUGUGAAUUGUUGGUUUCCUUUAGUAAUAAUAUACAUCUCAUCUGUAUUUUCCUAAACCUACUUUAUAUUUUGCACUGUUGGUUAAAGCAGAUCAUAUUUUUAAAUUAUGAUAUUUGAAGUCUUUUGUGACAACGAUAAAACAUGAAACUAUAUUAAACUACUUUUCUUUACAUAGUUCCCUUUGAAAACAAGUUUUAAUGCUGAAAUAUGUUCAUGUUGAAUCACAAAUCUGAACUGCUCCUUAGGCCUGUUUGUGCUGUCCGUAUUUGCAUCAGAUACCUUUUCUCAGAAUUCUUACCUAUGCCAUUUUUUUUAAAAAGAUGUUUAGAAUAAACUACAUUUCUAGUUUACUAUUUUUAAGUGAUGGUUUCAGAUGUGAAGUCUACUAACUUCAAUGUUAAAAUAUGUAUUAUGAAGAAGAAAAUGUUUCAAAAGAGAAGUACAUUCUUGGCAUUUCCAAAGAUGCCUGUACUAACACGCACUCAAAAAAAAUAUCUGCUUGACGUUGAUGUAACAAAGCUUAAUUUUAUAUCUGCAUCCUGAAGUGAUGCUCCUUCAGUAUCUUGAGUCAACAAAAAUAUCUGCCUGUUCUAGGAUGACACCUGUUCUUAACUAUAACCAGGAGAUCUGUCUACCAUGAAGCUGUGUCACUAAAACAUUUUGAAAAUAAAAAAUGAAAGAUAA